AUGGCUCUUGCAACCGACUUCGCUCUCUUUGCGUAUUUACGGGUAGAGUUGAGACUCAAAGUAUGGGAGUCUGUGCCCCUGCCAACUCGCAUCGUCGGCCUGCUUCCUUCGGCCGACGAGUGGUACUAUCGAUUCCAGCGUUUGCCUAAACCAAAACGCCGUCCCGCCUACAAUUUCCGCUAUGUCGUUCAGCCGCGCGAACAAGCCGUCUUUCCGCCUCUCCACGCCAGCCAUGAGGCGCGGGGAGUGUGGUUUCCGCGCUUCUUCCAACCCCGUCGCUACAUCCGAAUCCAAGCCUUUUCCAGAGUUGAUUCCGAUUAUCUUGCCUACUGCACUUUCCAGUUCGACACGCCCUUCUUCAACUAUGAUGCAAACAUCUUCACUGUUUUUGAACCCUGGGCCCCGGACGUCUUUGUCGACGAGUCGGACCGCAAUCCAGAUCCGAAUGGCGCCACCAGGGGGUAUAUGGAUGUCUUCCUCGGCUUCGACCGCAGGCACAUUUGCCGUGUUUCCUUGUGCGAGAUCCCCGGCGACAUCAACCUGGCUCUUCUCAGCUUCGAAAUUGAUAGGCUGCCACGCUUGCAACAGUUAUCGUUCCUAACACUGGGGCCAACUGUGUUCGACGCGACGGGUUUAAACAAGAUGGGAAUAUCCGUACAUUCCACUGUUUCACAUGAGAUGCCAGCCGUUGAAGCUCAAAAUGUAGAUUGUGAAAUCCAUAACAUAGCCUUGCAUGCGGUAGAAUUAAACCCCUUCCUUAACACUGAAAGGUCGCGGCACCCGACUUUUACAUCGCCUGCAAUACGUCCGCUGCCUCGAUAUAAAACCUACGUAAUGGUAUGGCUUUGGCACGCGAAGAAUAGUUGGAAACCAGGCACCGACUUUGAUGCCAUAGCGGCCGUAUGGUGGGAAUUUACGGACUACAUAUUUGAAGGGGAGCUUUUCAAAAAGAAAAUUAUCAAGAUAUUUAUCUAA